CUCGGAGACGCGGAGCAUGUUCUACUGGAUGAAGGGCAGCGGCGGCGGCCCCGAGCCGCUCCACGGCCUCGGCGCCAUGUCCAAGAGCGACAUCCUGCGAGGCAUCAUCACCGAGAAGCUGAGCACCGCCGCCCGGGAGAUCCUGGCGGUGGUGGAGCGGACGGUGACGGACUACGAGGAGGAGGCGUCGGGCUUCAGACGGGAGCUGGACCGGCAGCGGAGACAGCUGGAGCUGCUGCAGCCUCAGGUCCAGCUGGAGAGACGAGCUCUGCUGCACGAUGUGGACGGCCUCCAGGAUGAAGAGGAUAAAGAGCAGCAGCAAACUCAGCAGGUGUGUCCAGGUGAUCCGGACUCUGGCAGCUUCGUCUGGUACAAUGAUGAUGACGACGAGGAGCAACCGGCAACGAGCUCCACACAGCAACAAGAAGACCUGAAGGACCCGGAUUAUCAAACUCCAUCCAGGUCAUCGACGCCCAGAGUUCGGUCUGUCAGGAAGAAGCCCGGCAGACCUCGGGUCAGCGACACUCAGAACCAUCUGGAGCUGAAGAUCCGAAUCCUGGAGGCCUCUCAGGGCGACGUGCUCUCCAACGUCGCGUUUAAGAAGUACCCGAUUCAGGAGCUUCCGUGUCCUCGAGGUCUGCAGGAGGAAGACUUUGUGGUCCUUCUGAGGUCCUCCUUCCCUCAGCUGGCUGGUGAACAACCUUUUGACGUUUUCGUGACAGACAGAAGCAGGAGACUUCAGCCUCUGAACGUCCAGACUCUGACCCCAGAGGAGGUCAGCAGGGCCAUCGGGUCCGCUGGGAACUCUGCCCUCUACAUCCGACUGAAGACAGCAGAGGGUCCCGGUAGCUGCAGUGACAACAUUCACCCUCUACAGAAACCGGAUGACAAUGGCCGAUCUGCCACAACGUCGACCAAUCAAACAGGAAUCAACACGAGAGAUCAGUCUGACAGGAGGAGGCGAGGUAGACCUAGACUCGGCGAAGAACCAACUCACCACUCCCUCAGGAUCUGCAUGUUGGACGACUCCGAGACAAACGAGGUCUCAGAAUCCGUGCUACUGAGGUCGGUCGUGAAAAACUUCAAGUGUCCUCGUGGUCUUCAGGAGUCCGACUUCUUAGACUUGCUGAGGUCCACCUUCCCUCAGCUGGCCGGAGACAACAAACCGUUUAGCAUCUUUAAGGUCGACCGAAGCCAGAGGCUGCAGAGGCUUGUCGUGAACUCGCUGACACCAGACGAGAUCUAUCGGACCAUGAAAUCCACCGGGAUCAGAAAGACUCUGCUCUACAUCCGGCUGAAGACGGGAAAGGAAGAAGAGGAACCGGAUGACGAACCGCUGCCCACUGAUGCUGUGGUUAUAAAGUCCGACAAGGCCGAGCUUCACUCAAGCAGCUGUGUUCAACACGUAGAUGGCACCGGAGUGGACGCUGUGACCUCAACGUCACAACGACAUCAGGACCUGGAAAUAAAAGAAGAUGCUGCUGAGGAUGAAGUGGACUCAAGCGUAGACAGAGAUUGUGAAGAGGACCUGCACGGAGACGAUGAGUGGAACCCAGAUUCUGAGCUGCAGCUGCCAAAGCCAUCGAGGAAGCCAAGGCCCAAAACUGGCCCCUCCAAGAUUCUGAAGAUACAUGGUAGGAAGAGCAAAAGCCCAUGUAGAGUGUGUGGAAUCUGGUACAGGAACCAGGGCAGCCUGAUCAGACACACCUGGAGCCACGUGGACGAGCCGCAGGCUGUUUGUGGAGUGUGUGGAGAUCGACUCGAAUCUGUGGAGGAGUUAAAGGCACAUCUUAGAAACCAUCAAAAAACCUUUGACUGCUCGCAGUGUGGCAAGCCGUUCUUCACCCUCCACAGCCUCAACCGCCACAGCUCACUGCACACCGGAGACAGACCGUUCAAAUGUGACGUCUGCAACAAAUCCUUUGCUCACAUGUCCAUCCUGACCACUCACCGUUGGGUCCACGUGGCCGAUAAACCGCACAAGUGUGACGUUUGCCAGAAAUCAUUCGGUCUGAAGGCGCAGCUCAGAGCUCACAGCAAACUGCACACCGGCAGAGACAAAUACAUCUGCAACAUCUGCGGUUUGUCGCUGUACGACCUCAGGUCUCUGACCCGCCACAAGCUGACCCACUCGGGGGAGCGGCGCUACGGCUGCGAGGUCUGCGGGAAGCGCUUCAAACUUUCCAGCACGUUGAAGUCCCACGAGAAGAUCCACACGGUCAGGGAGCGGUCGUACCUUUGCCACAUCUGUUGCAAGACUUUCCUGUCAAACUCCAGCCUAAACCUUCACGUCAGGACGCACACCAAUGAGAAGCCGUUCGUCUGCAUCGUCUGCAGCAAAGGCUUCGUGGCCAACGGCGAGCUCAAGUCCCACAUGCGGGUCCACACCGGUGAGGCGCCGUACGGCUGCUCUGAAUGUGGCCGCUUCUUUAAACGUAAGAACACCCUGGACUGUCACGUCAGGAGCCACCUGGGCAUCAAACGGUUCGUAUGUGGGGUUUGUGGGAAGGCGUGUUCUCGCCAGGAACACCUCACGGUCCACAUGAGGACCCACAACGGAGAACGGCCGUACCAGUGCGGCCUCUGCGACAAAGCCUUCACCCAGAGCCACUGUCUGAAGACACACAUGAAGAGCCACCAGGCAGAGGAAAGCCCCUUCCUCCAUCCGUCCACGUCCUGAAACAUGUUCAUCACCCUGAAAUGCAGAAUAAAACACUUCGCAUCCAGACUUGUUUCAGAGAAAUGUGGCCUUUUUGGUUUCUGUGGAGCUCUGUGUCCUCUUUUUGCUUACAGCUCAUGUUUAGCUAACUCUUGAUAACAUAAAUCCUUGCUAAAGUCUAGAAGCUGGUGCAAUUUUAUUGAUGACUGAACCUGUAGCUUUAUUUUUUACUUCUCUGAUUUGGCUCUGGACCUUGACCCGUUGGACCAACUUUGUGCUCCAAGUCACAUCCCUUGUUCUCAGUUGAACUGGAAGUAUUUUUUUGCAGCGUGGUGGAGCAGAUAUCAGAUGAAUCUGCACAAACUGACUGUAUAAUCUUAUGACAGCAGAUUUUGCAGACUAAUAUCUUUACCAAUUCCUUCACUAAUUUUCACAGCCCUGCUUCUCGGCUAAAUAAGUCAUUACUUCGGUUUUGUUCCACAGCAUUCAGAAAAUCAACAGUAGAACUCAGGCCUUCCGAUGAUGUUUCCGGUUCAUCUGUGUUGUCAAAUAGUCCAGUUUUGAAAUUACACCAAGUUGUUUGCAUUGCCUGCAAUCCAAUACAAUGCCGUUCUCUGAGAUUAUACAAGCCUCAAGAUUUGUAGACCAGCUGCAGUACCUGGUUGUUCUCACCGUUUAAUCCUGUAGAGACCAGAGGAGGCGUCACUCAGACUACAGUUCCUGUUGGCAGCAGAGAGCAUUAUGGGAGUUUAGCCAGUAGAGGGGCGCCAUGACAGAGACUAUGUGAUGCUUAAUGAUCUCCGUCCAGAGCUCAUGUUUUCAGACGAGUUCAGAUCAGCAGGGACAGUUUUCAUGUAUAACAGUUAUUCUGGUAGGUUAAUGGUAGCAGCUGGACCUGUUUGAGUUUCUUGAAGACGUUCCACCUUCAUCCAAGAGGCUUCAUCAGCUCUGACUGACUGGUUGGGAGUUCCACAUACUGGUAUCCUGAAGGAGCCGUGAACAGCUGAGUUUGAUUUCAGUUCAACAAACCCCAACUGAAAACGAAACUCAAGUGUUGAAACGUCUUCAAGGAACUCAAGCAAGUCCAGUCGCUACGAUUAAACUACGAGAAUGACCAUGACCUGGAGGACUGAGAAUCUCCACAGACAUGUACAACAGGUACCAAUAAAAGCAAUGUUCAUGUUGCACAAAUGACCACUGGGCUCAGUUUAAGUGAUAAAUUUUUCAGUUGUCGAUUGAAAAUGCUUCAUUUAUUAAGAACAUUAUUCACAUAUGUUUCUGUUAAUAAGUUAAUAAGUGCCUUCAUCAACCCUGAUCCCAACCUUAAGAUCAAGACAUGUAAAGGCCCAGCCCCCGACAGAGAUGUUGGUGAGUCUUUGUUUUUGUUAUGAUGUGACCAAAAUAAACUACACUUGGUUUAAAAAAAAAAAUAAUUAAAAAUGUUGUUGUAAGAA